UUUCUCGUUCUGUUUCUCUCCGUCAUCUGCCUUCUUGUUAGGGAUCACUAAAGGUAGUAGUCUUUUCUGGGGAGGUCAUCUCUUUGUCACAUCUCCCUUCCACUUGCUGCAGCGAUUAGCUUCUUCUCCUUGCUGAGCUUUUUUGCUUAGAGGGAAGAAGUGAAUUGACCCAGAUAGAUCUGGGGGUCUGUAGGGAAUUCCAGUACUGAUCAAUCCUAUAGUUUCAACCACAUAGAGUUCGCACAGAUUUUUUUCACGAGGAAGAGGAAUCAUGGCAAAUCCAUGGUGGACAGGGCAGGUCGGUCUCCCCGGAGUCGAGACCUCGACCAGCUCCUCCCAGGGGAAAAAGCCCGAUCUGGGGAUCUCCAUGAAGGACAACAGUGGAGGAGGCGGGGCCGUGGAGGAAGACGAGAGAGAUAACAGCGACGAGCCGAAGGAAGGAGCCAUCGAGGUUGCAGCUCGGAGGCCAAGGGGCCGUCCCCCGGGCUCUAAGAACAAGCCGAAGCCGCCGAUCUUUGUGACCCGAGAUAGCCCUAACGCGCUUCGGAGCCACGUGAUGGAGAUAGCCAACGGAGCAGACAUAGCCGAGAGCGUGGCCCAGUUCGCCAGACGACGACAAAGGGGCGUCUGUGUGCUCAGCGGGAGCGGCACGGUCACCAAUGUCACGCUCCGGCAACCCACGGCCCCAGGGGCGGUCAUGGCCCUCCACGGCCGCUUCGAGAUUCUUUCCCUCACCGGGGCCUUUUUACCUGGUCCUGCCCCGCCAGGGUCAACUGGGCUGACCAUAUACCUAGCCGGAGGCCAAGGUCAAGUGGUCGGCGGAAGUGUCGUGGGCUCGCUCGUUGCUUCUGGGCCUGUCAUGGUGAUCGCGGCGACCUUUUCUAAUGCUACUUACGAGAGACUGCCCUUGGAGGAGGAUGAGGAACAGGGCAACGGGCAAGGGCAAGGGCAGAUGGGAAGUGGCUCGCCGCCGGCAAUUGGUGGCGGUGGGGGACAGCAACAAGGUGGGAUGGUGGACCCUUCAUCGAUGCCGGUAUACAAUUUACCUCCGAAUUUGCUUCCAAAUGGUGGACAAUUGAACCACGAGGCUUAUGGUUGGACUCAUGGCCGGCCACCUUAUGGCUAGAAAUGGAUAAUUUAGAGGAGUCAUGAGGAUAAGAGGAAGAGAAAAGAGACUUUCAGGUCAGCUACUUUAUCUUGUAUUGUGUUAGGGAUAUGGAGGAAAAAAAACCUUGCUCAUGUCUUUUUAAUGUUUUGUACAUUAAACCAUGAUUAUCAUCACCUUGGUACUUGUUUAUGUGCAAAUCAAGGCAAGGGUUUUCAUUUCAACUUCCUUCAAUUAUUUUAGUUUUCUUCA